AUGUCCGCCUCGAUCGAAAACCUCAAGUCCUUCGACCCCUUCGCCGAAGCCGAUGAAGACACCGGAGAGAUAAAGCAGUCGAACCAGAGCAGCUACAUCCACAUCCGUAUCCAGCAGCGCAAUGGACGCAAGACCUUGACCACUGUUCAGGGACUCCCCAAGAAGUUCGAUCAGAAGAAGAUUCUCAAGGUCAUCAAGAAGGCCUUUGCUUGCAAUGGCACCAUCGUGAGCGACACCGAGAUGGGUGAAGUCAUCCAACUUCAGGGUGAUCAGAGAAAGGAUGUCCAGGAAUUCUUGUGUGACAAGAAGGAGGGCCUCGGUCUUGAUGCCAAGACCAUCAAGGUAUGUUUCUUUGCUGCUUGUCUUGUCUCGACCCUGUACUGA